AUGUCUUCGUACUACGAACCGCAGGGCUGGCAAGCUCCCUCUGCUACGCCGCGACAGGUCUCGUGGGAGCAGCCGGUGCCCCCCUCCCGUUCUGGUUCGAGCUCCGUCUCGCAGCGUGACGAUAGCCCGGCUUUCUCCUCUCAGUUCGACGAGGUCGACCGAGCGAUCGACAACCUCGUGAAGAGCGGCAAGCUGUGGAAUGCUCCUCGCCGGGACUCAAUGCCCAUGAUGAUGGGCCGGCCUUACCCUGCUGAGUACGACCCUCGCAUGGGUGGCCCGCAGCGCCAUCACUCGGUCAGCGAGUUUGACAACAACCGCGCCCACCCGUCAGGCAAUGCGCAAGGAUUCUACGCCUCCCAACGCUACCAGGGCCGACCGAAUGAAGUAGAGCAGAUGAUGCAGGCGAAGCGUCGGAUGGCAGCACAGCGUGAGCGGGAGCUCCGAAACUACCAUCAGGAGCAGCAGUACAACCGAAGCCUCCUCGCCGAAAUGUCUGCAAGCAAAUCCGAUCGGUCCCUCAGUCCCGCCGCCAUGAGCGAAGAAAGCCGCCGUGACCUGUUGGCUCGUCAGCACCGCGCCCUGUAUGGCAACGAGAGCCCCGCCUUCUUCCCUCCAGGCCCCCUCCCCGAUGACGCGCCCCGACCCGAUAGCCAGGCUGCCGGCACGCCUACCUCUGCCGGUGUGCGUGGAGCUUCUCCCCGUGGAGUUGAUCCCUUUGGUUUGACGCAGACUCCUGGCCCCGAGGCCACCUCCGGCUUGCAGUCCCCGUCCCGUGCCAACAGCACCUCGUCGCCGAGCUCCGCCAUCAACGCCGGCUUCCCUGACCAGCCCGGCACUUCGGCCUCAUCUCCCGGCGGGGCCGACUCACCAUCGCGCCAGGGUCCCCCGAAACCGAACGCCGGUACUAUCGGCUCCGUUGGCCCCAUCGGCUCUCGCCCUGUCACCAGCCAGACUUCCGUUCCGCCGGCGAACCCAGCUCUGAACAAGCGCUCGACCACCCCGCUUCCUUCUCCUCUUGGAUUUGGAUUCACCCCGGGCGAAGCUGCCGCCGCUGGUGCCGCUGAGCGUUCCACCUCGGCGGCGUCGAACCAGGCCGUGGCUGCUGCUGCCUCUACUGCGGGCACCAAGGACCCAUCUACUGGUGGUGUUGGUCUGGGCUGGAGCAAUGGCAGCGGCGUCUGGGGUUCCAAGGGCGGACUCGGUGUCCAGGCCUCCGUCUGGGGUUAA